CCAUGAGAUGGUUUUCGUAAAUUCUUUUUGAAUCAAUUAUAUGCUCAAAAAGAUUUUUGUUAUUCUAUCUUUGAAGUAUUGAGAUGGUUUAUUGAAAAGAUGUGUUUAAACUUAAGAUUUGAGCUGACCAUCCUCCGCUUUUAACGCAGUGUUUACCGUACGUGUAUUGGUCAGUUUGAGGCGGCAAAUGUUGUGAAAGGAAAACUAAUAUAAAAGCGAUAGUUGUAUAAAUGAUGUCAGGCUACUGUUCAAGUUGACGUUUAAACUCGGCAGGGCGACGUGUGGGGUCCUAUGCCAAUCAUAUACGUAAAUAUUUGCCUUGCAAUUUCGGAUUUAGAACUGUUUAAUGGACGAAGGUGUAUAAGAUUAGCUUAUGCUGGAAACUGACAAAUAAUGAUAUCUGUCAAACUUUGACUUUCCACGUGCAGUGUUUUUUGGGGGGAAUUGUUUGGUUAUAUAUAUAUAUAUAUGUCUAUAAAAUGAUGAUCUUUAGGAGGUGUUCGUUCAUUUAUAAUUUAAUCAUGAACAAUGCAAUAAAAUAAAAAAAGAAACAAAAACAUAUAUAUUUAUGACAAGAAAGUUAUAUUAUUGAAAAAUAUUUCAAGCAAAGAAAUGAAAUAAAAUAACGCAUUUUAGUAAAUAUAUAUAUAAAAAAACAACAAAUAAAUUAAGUUCGAUAUAUAAAAGGGGGGAUAUGAAUAUAUUUAACAAUGGUGAAUCUUAUAUAGCUGACGGAAUUCAUUGAUAAAUAAAUACAGUGAAUAAUGAAAAGUUUCUACUUGACGAUUUUGUGGACAUUCGUGGCAAUAGUGAUAUUUGCGAAGGAAAUCCAGUGUAGACGGGGGAGAAAGAAAAGAGACAAAUAUGGACUUAAAUUUUCAGAUUGUGGUGCGGAUCCGGACCGACCACUAAGGUUCUAUGAUGUGAAAGCUCACCCGAUACCCAUCAUAACACCAGGUACACUGUACGUGUCCUUUAAAGGCAAUAUCAGUAGAGACCUACCGAGAACUAUUGCAAUAGAACUGGGUCUUGUGAAAUAUUUCGUUGGUAUUCCAUUUCCACUGCCAUGUUUUGAUAACAGACUAGGUUCUUGUUCCUACUAUAAUAUUUGUGAUAAUCUACAAAAAUACGAGUUACUCGGGUGUCCAAAGACGAUAAAACAGUACGGUGUACAGUGUAGUUGUCCGUUUAAAGCAGGGGAAUUCAACGUCCGAAAUCUUCCCCUCAAUAUUCCUAAAGUUCGAGGGUUCGCACGUGCUUUUAUUCGUGUAAGAGGUGAUUACGGGUUAACGUUACGAAUACUUGACGAUGAUUCAACAGAACUAGGUUGUUUACGACUGGGAUUUUCUGUGAAGAAACGAUACAAAGGGUGGCUGUUCAAAAUAUGAUUGAAUAAGAAACUGUUGUGAUGGAAACAUAUUUUACGACUAUGCUUGAGUAAUCACCUUAAGUAUAAAUUACGUCAUGAAUUACGUCAGGAAUAUUGGUGUUCGUUAUAAACAUUUAUUUUUUCCGCCUAAUAAAUACCAUGCCAACUUUAUUUGUAUUUUUGUGUGAUUAAAAUCUAAUUUAGAUACAAGUGAAUUAAAAGAAAAAUGAGCAAACUUUAGGUCAUUGAAACAAACUGAAUAUUUUAAAGUGCAAUAGUUUAAAAACUACCGUAUAAAUUAAAAUAUAUCCUUUGUGUCCUUUAACAUCGAAAUAAUAAUAAGAAACAGGAUGUAAAUUAAUUACUCUACGUUUAUCAUUCGACUGCAUUCACGUUUAUAUCAUUUAUUCAUACUUAAUCACAAACCAUGAUUUUGAUAACGCAUUUGAAAUAUAAAGAACAAAAAACUUUGAAUGCAAAAAAGAAGAGAAAGAAAUUAAUAACAAUUAGGCCACUGGUCGUUAAAUAUUGGGUAUGGAAUUAUUGUGGCUUUUCUUUGGUGUUGACUAGGUGCAUUGGUGCCGUGAGAUGGAAUUUGGUAUUGAACAGACUAGAACAGUAAAUUUAUUCAGAUUUUUUUAGGUUUUAGUGAAGGUGACUAAAACGAAUUUACAAACAACUGUACAUCUACACGUACCAGUAAAAUAUUAUAUUCAGUUGAAAUGUCAUCAAAAUGCUGCUCAUUUGAUGAAAGAAGGAAAAUUGUGGUUUUAUUUUAUGUACUGAUUAAUUGUUGUUUUAUAUGAAGUAUAAUUAAAGAAUUAAAGUAAA